AUGAAGGCCACCAUCAAUAAGGAUUUGCUGCCCAUGAAGGCGCAUUACUUUCUCUAUAAUGCCGGCACCGCACCCGUUGUACCCUUUAUGCCCCCGCUGGCGCUGCAGCUGGGCUACUCGCCGGUCGUGGUGGGCACCAUGUACACGAUACUUCCGAUUGUUGGCUUGCUGGCAAAGCCGAUCUUUGGUUACAUAGCUGAUCGCUAUCAUCGCCAUCGCUUCCUCUUCCUGGCUAGCCAGCUACUCAUCGCCGUGUCCUUUUUCAUGAUCUUGUUUGUGCCGGCCGCCGAAAAGCCACAAUUCCAUUGUCACGCCGGGGUGUCCAACAUACGCUACUGUUCCAACUAUCCCAAGGAUGCAAAACAGAAUCUGGAGACAUACUACGGCAAUCGGACCUUAAGCUGCAACAUGUAUUGCCAAAUGGCGCCGGAUAUGUGGGAUAUUGUAUGCCAGUUUUGGCGUCCAGUCAAUGCUUCUCGAAACCAGGCAAGCAACUGCGAGGCAAGCCGUUCAAAGGCUUGGAUCAACUUUACCACCUACAUCAGCGCCAGGGAUAUUAUCGAGGAAGAGUCGCUGGACGGCGGCAAGUGCCUCAAUUUUCUAAUACCGCACGAUCAGGGCAUACUGGAGUCGCAGAAUGUGACACUCUAUUGCCCCAAGGACAGGGUCAUGUUCCAGCCCAGCUGUCAGAUGGACUGCAACGAGCAAUAUCUCAAGGAACUGCUGCCCGAGAGCACAGUGAUCAAUAUGGGCAGCGCCAUCGCCAUGCCAGAGUUCUGGUUCUUCUUUAGCAUGCUGAUCAUCAGCUGGAUCGGCAUGGCCGUCGUGGUGAGCAUUGGCGAUGCCAUAUGCUUUGGCAUACUCGGCGAUCGGCAUCAUCUGUAUGGCAAGCAACGCUUGUGCGGUUCGCUGGGCUGGGGUAUCUUUGCACUGCUCGCCGGCCUGCUGGUGGAUGCAAUGACGCAUGAGGGCAGCUCGGAGAAGAACUAUACGAUUAUCUUUUGGAUGACGCUGAUCAUAAUGGGCUUUGAUAUGCUCGCCUCCACCAAGCUGAAGCACACACAGACUCACAUGUCGGCCAACAUACUUAAGGAUGUGGGCCAAAUGUUUCUAUCGGUGCGCUGCGUCGUCUUCUUUCUGUGGUGCGUGGCUAUCGGUCUGUGCACAGCGCUGAUUUGGAACUUUCUGUUUAUCUAUUUGGAUGAGCUGGCCGAGCACUACGACAAUGGCACCGACUACAUUACUACGCUGGAGGGACUGGUUAUGAGCAUCCAGUGCUUUGGUGGCGAGCUGCCCUUCUUCUUUAUGUCCGGCUGGAUCCUGAAGCGCAUUGGGCAUGUAAAUGCCAUGAGCCUGGUGCUCUUUGGCUUUGGUGUACGCUUCCUUUUGUACUCUAUGCUGCAGAAUCCCUGGUAUAUACUGCCCAUUGAGCUGCUCAAUGGCCUCACCUUUGGACUCUUCUAUGCGACAAUGGCCUCCUAUGCCAGCAUCGUUGCACCGCCUGGCACCGAGGCCACCAUGCAGAGUCUUGUGGGCGCCAUCUUCGAGGGUGUCGGCGUCUCCAUAGGCAGCCAAAUUGGCGGCCAGCUCUUUAACGCUGUCAACGGACGAACCACCUUUGAGAUCUUUAGCAUUGGCGCCUUCAUAGUGUUUAUUAUCCAUGUCUGUGUCCAAAUGUAUCUGAAACGCAAAGGUCCGGAUGACAACGGUAAGGGUAGGUCCUCCACAGCCUCCGCUUCCGCUUCUGCUCCCGCUUCCGCCUCUCCCGACUGCCUGCCUAGUACUAAAAACAAUGAUGAGUUUACCGAUGUCGAUUUGAGCUAAGGUUACAUAUUUCUUGGCAAAUUCCAUAGUACAAUAGAAGGUCAAUUACAAUGCCCAAAGAAUUUGAAAGAGUUCAUGGCAAUUAUUUACUUACAAAGACGGAAAAUACCUCGUUUUAUAGGAAUUUAUAAUAUAUGUACCAUAAUGAUAUGGCACGAGUUGUCAUUAACAUAUUAUCAUCAGCUAUGCCACAAAAGUUUCUAUCUAAGACAAUAACUGAAAGGUUUGCAGUUAUUUAGUUAGAGAAUACUUGAUAUUAAUCCAGUUUUUUUUAAAUUUUUGAUCACAAAUCUUACAAAUCUAUUAACAAUUCUGUUUACGUUUAUGUCAGACAAAAGUUUUUUGAACAUUUUAUUUCAUAGCUUUAAGAAAGUCUGAACAUUUUUUUCCUUAUAUCUUUUCAUUUGGUAUACGAUACAAAUAUGUAUAUACACAAAAUAUUCUUUAGAUUCACAAUAAAUGCGAGAGAUAUCGCAUAAAGCUUAUAUAAUAAUGUUAAUAAACGAAUUUCCCGUAUACAUACGGCUUGCUGGUAGAUUGUAUAAAGGAAAAGCAUCAAAAGUUUUUAAAUAUAUGUCGGAACAGAGAAAUCACUUUCUUUGCAAUUAGGCAUACUGGCAGCACAGCAAGUCCCGAGUGUCGUUAUAGUCACAAAAUAAUUAUAUUUUUAGGAGCGAGCACGUCUGUUCUCUAUGACUUCCACUUUUAGAAUGAAUAAUUUUCAUCGUCCUCGAGCAUACUACUCAUGUUCUUGUCAUUCUAUAUUCUUCUCUGACUUUUAGUACUGUUAGUGAACAUUCAACACUAUAGCAAACUGGACGUUAUACAACACACUCGGGCCAUGCUCGGCAGAGACUAUCUUUUUUGUCUCACACCAUGCUUUCAGUAGCAACCCUAAUACAAGUAGGACAGUUAUGUUAAAUAGCAGUACCUUCUGUCAAAUUCUCUGAUUCUUACUAACACUUAAUCGUUAGCAUUCAAAAUAAUACUCACAAUAAUUUAUUGGAUACACGACACGGCCUUCCUGACAUUUCACACGUCCUCGUGUGUACAUUUCGCUUAGAUCAUGCCAUAGUCAAAAUUGUUGGGUAAAAUUUAUUAGUCAUUACUUUACUUUAAGAAUAGCUUUACAAACAGCAGUAUCAUCGGUCAUUGUAGGUUUUAUUUUUUUAUUUUUU